AUGGCCAGCCACGCUUGCGCUCAGCGUCCCCCUAUCACCGUCGACUACACCCCCCAGGGCCGCCAUGAGACCCUCGGCGGUCUGAAGACGUCUAAUCGCAUCUCGCCUCAAUUUGUAGACAUUGUCGGCCCCGACGACGCAACAAAGGCCAUCGUCGUCGUCUACGACAUCUUUGGCGUCUGGCCGCAGACGGUCCAGGGCGUCGACCUCCUGUCGUCCAUCACCGGCGCCCUGGUCCUCCUCCCCGACUUCUUCGAGGGGGACGGCGCCAAGCCCGAGUGGCUGCCCGCCAACACCCCCGAAAAGCAAAAGGCGCUCGGUGACUUCUUUGCCAACAAGGCCGACUUCGGCAACGCCGUCAAGGCCGUCCUCAACGUGCGCAAGGAUCUCGCCACCCGCUACCCGGCCGUCGACGACCAUGUCGGCAUUUUCGGUCUCUGCUGGGGCGGCAAGGUUGGUGUGUUGGCCACGGGCGCCGACAAUACGGGCGCCGGCCGGCGCUUCACCGUCAGCGGCACGGCUCACCCUGGCCGCCUCGACGCCAAAGACGCCGAGCCCCUUACCGCUCCUCACAUCCUCCUCGCCUCCAAAGACGAAGACGCAGCUGUCGUCGCCGAGUACGAGAAGAUCCUCGCCCAGCCCGGCAAGGUGGGCGAAGUCGACACCUACCCCAACAUGUUUCACGGCUGGAUGGGCGCCCGCGCCAAGCUCGACGACGCCGAGAACGCCAAGGAGUAUGUCCGCGGCUACGAGCAGACCGCCGCUUUUUUCAACGCGCACCUGUAA